AUGGCUGCGGCCUGUAUACCAUCGUGUGUGCAGGCUCCGCUCCUGAGCUGUAUUUCGUCAUAUUUCAGUAUGCCUGUCAGCCAUGAGACGAAGACUAUCGCCUAUUGCAGCCCCGGCAUGAUCCAAGAGUCCCUCAGUGAAGUUGAUAAAGGUGCCCACUUCCGUCUCUACUGUGCACUUGCCGCUGUUGCGAAAGCCCCUCUAGCGACAGGCGAGGAAGGUACCGAAGGUAGAGCAGCAGAGCUUCUCACAUGGCCAUCAUCGUAG